AUGGCACCCACUGUCCACCCACUGACCCCGCCUCCCGGCUCCGACAUCGACUUCGGAGCGGUCGUCGACAACGUCGACCUGGAGAACCUGACCGACGACGACUUCAGUACCAUCCACGACGCGCUCUACAAGCACCUGGUCGUGGUCGUGAAGAACCAGCAGCACCUGACGCCGCGGGCGCAGUACGAGCUGACGCGGCGCUUCGACCCGGCGGCCUCCUCGUACGGCCACGGCAAGACGAUCGACGCGAAACGCAGCAUCCUGCACCCGGACCUCAAGACGGUGCCGCACCAGCCGCAGGUGCAGGUGAUCGGCCACGGCCACGUCGCCAGCUACGAGGGCCUGACCGACAUCCAGCUGCGGCACCCGCACCACCGCACCUUCCACCGCGACCCGAUCCCGGACGCCGAGGACCACGACUUCACCCGCUUCUACCGGUGGCACAUCGACGCCGCGCUCUACGGGCUGCACCCGCCGCGCGUCACCACCCUGCUGGCCGUGCGCGUCCCGCGCGGCCGCCGCCAGACCCUCCGCUACGACGACGGCUCCCACGAGACCCUCGACGUGCCGCUGGGCACCACCGCCUUCGUCAGCGGCGAGCGCAUGUACGCCCGGCUCUCCGCCGCGGACAAGGAGUUCGUCCGCACCAGUCGCGUCGAAUACGCUCCCCAUCCCUACAUCUGGAUGUCCCCCGCCCGCGCCCUCCCCACGGGCCUAGGCCUGUACUCGGAAGACCGCGAGCUCGCCCCCGCCGACCUGCCGCCCAUCGACCCGGCCAAGAUCCAGAUCCUCCCCAUGCUGUGGAAGAACCCGGUCACCGGCCGCCCGGCCCUGCAGAUCCACCCCUCCGCCGUGCGCAAGAUCCACCGGAAGGACGGCUCCGUCAUCGACGAUCUCCGCCAGGUCCGCGACAUCGUGUACAGGCUGCAGCGCCCGGCCAUCAGUCCGCAGUACGUGUAUCCGCACGACUGGGAGGAGGGGGAUCUGGUGCUGUUCCACAACCGCGGCGUGCUGCAUUCGGUGGUCGGCGCGUUCGGGGACGGGGAGGUGCGGCUGUUCCGGCAGUGUAAUUUGGCGGCGGGGGAGGCGCCGGUUGGGAUGGAGUAG